AUGCCUCACAUCAACAUCCCACCCCAACUCCACUCCAUGGUUUCGGGAGCAUGCGCCGGCCUCGUCGCGUCCAUUGUCACCUGCCCGCUUGACGUGCUCAAGACGUCUUUACAGGCGUCGAGUGUAGCGGCCGGCUCGGCGGAAUAUGAGGGUGUCCAGAAGACGGCUGGGAGGAUAUGGCGGCAGGCUGGGCUGAGGGGGUUUUAUCGAGGAUUGGGGCCGACGCUGGCGGGGUAUCUCCCGACGUGGGGGAUAUAUUUCACGGUGUAUGACUUGAUAAAGGAUAGGAUGGGUGUAUGGGCGAGUGAUCCAUCGCAUCCUCAUGUCGACACGUCAAUACAGCACAUCAUAGCCGCGAUGACUGCCGGUGCCACGGGAACCAUCUUCACAAAUCCCAUCUGGGUGGUCAAGACUCGUUUUAUGGCUCAAGCGACCAUGGCGGCAUCAGAGACGCGCUAUCGCAGCACCCUCGAGGCGUUCGCGACAAUAUACCGUACCGAGGGGUUCAAGACCUUCUACAAGGGAUUAUUACCGUCCCUGUUCGGCGUAGUACACGUUGCGGUGCAGUUUCCGCUGUAUGAGAAGGCCAAGACAUGGGCAGACACCCGCUCAGCCCAAGAUAUCGAGAAUAACGCAUCUUUACCGGCAUCUACCAUUCUCGUCUGCUCGGCCUUCUCCAAAAUGAUCGCUUCGGUCGCUACCUACCCGCACGAAGUUCUUCGCACCCGGCUCCAGGUGCACAAGUCCCAUGGCCGUCCAUCCAACGCGGCCGCCAAUGCUGUCCAUCCGAUCACGUCAACCACCCAUUCCUCGACAGCCUCAGUGAACGCUUUGGCGAGUUCUGUAAAUGGCGGCAAAGGCCCGCAUGCCCACUUCUACUCGCCACUGGUGACUGGCUCUCAUCCGCCACUACCUCUCAGCGCACCAGCCGCUCUACUGCGGGUACCUGCACCGGGCGCGGACCCAGGGUCAGCUGUGCAAAAGCCAGCGGAGCCGAUAUGGCGUCGGAAAGGCGGGAUCGUGCAGACGUUCUUGGAGAUCAAGCGGCAGGAUGGGUGGAAAGGGUUUUACCGGGGAUUGAGUAUCAACUUGGUCCGGACUGUACCAAAUAGCGCGGUUACGAUGUUGACGUGA